CCCAGCUUCAACAUACCUUCACCUCAACCUUUUGAACUGUAUAGCAAACAACAUGUCCUUCCACACCUCCUGCCAGAACAUCCACCUCAUCAAGGAGGACGGUCGCACCAUCCUCCACGCCGAGGUCCGCCGCCGCAACAACGAGAUGGUCGCACGGACGUUUCCCUUGGAUCGGCACAUCGGGAAUGCAAAUGGCGGCUUCCAAUGGGGCGGACACGACUUCAGCCACAGCGCGCGCGAUAUCGAACUCGAACAGACGGAGCGGGGGCCCCGGCUGACGGCCUUUCUGAAAGGGGCCGGCGGGGAAUACCGGGAGUUGCAGGGCUUGUACCUGGCCGAUCGAAUCAAGAAUGAGGACGGGAACCUGAUUUACUUGAAUUGAGGGAUGCGACUCGUAAGGAUUGGGGCUGAUAGGUUCGGAUCAUCAUUUCAGGCAGCAAGAUACUAGGUAGCGGGGGUACACGAUGGUAUUUUGAUAGACGGCUGAAUUAUGUUGUGUCGGGUGAUGUAUUGAUGAGGGUAGACACUACAGUGCUCUAUGGGUAUGAUUCACAUGCGUCUUGAUGAGGGGUAGGUAGUAAGGGUGGUCGGAGGGUUCAUGGAAGAGCAUAUUAGCUAUUGCUAUGGAGAACACGCUGCUUGAAUAAGUUCCACGCGGGUUCU